UGGAAGGGGAAAGCUCCUGGGCUGCAGCUUGUAUUUUGAGUCCCACCGCCAGACGUGCGGGACGUCAUGAGCCGGUUCCUGAAUGUGCUGCGGAGCUGGCUGGUAAUAGUGUCCAUCAUCGCUGCAGGGAACACGCUGCAGAGCUUCCGGGACCACACCUUCCUCUAUGAGAAGCUCUACACUGGCAAGCCAGACCUCGUGAACGGCCUCCAGGCUCGGACCUUUGGGAUCUGGACCCUGCUGUCCUCAGUGAUCCGCUGCCUCUGUGCCAUUGACAUCCACAACAAGACGCUCUACCACAUCACACUCUGGACCUUCCUCCUGGCACUAGGGCAUUUCCUCUCUGAGUUGUUCAUCUAUGGGACAGCAGCUCCCACAAUCGGCCUCUUGGCACCCCUGAUGGUGGCAAGUUUCUCAAUCCUGGGCAUGCUCGCGGGGCUCCCCUACCUGGAGGCAGAACCAGCAUCCAGACAAAAGAAGAGGAACUGAAGCUAGGCCCCAGGCCACAGACUGGUUUUUCACUCUCUCCCCCCAAUUGCUCUUUAAGUUCUUUUUCCCUGCCCUCUCAGCAGCCCCCAUAGUGACCUCUAGCCUUUUAUGUUCCUUUUUUUUUAAAAAAAAAUUUACAAGCUGUGAAGAUCUAUAAAAGGUAUUCAGAAUUUGUACAGUAUAAAGAACUGAUUUAAAGUGAACACUCUGUCCCUUACUUACACUUAGAUCAGGAAAUUAUCUGUUGUCCUCUGCUGCUUCCUCAUUCCUCCCUUCCCAGCCCCUCC